AGGAAGCAUUUCCUUGACGUUGAAUCGGGGUAUCUAGUUUGAAAAUGCAAUUCUCGCCCGGACCCAUUUGACCAUUGACUAUGAGAAAUCAAGGAGUCAGUUCGCAGAGAAAUCUGGUCAACGACUCUGUCCAGGGCAUGUACGACGCAAGGACCUGUUGUGGUGAGGAACAACCUUCGACAAUUAUAGUCUUUGGCUUUAAAUGGACGCCGGGGAGUCCGGUCAACGGGGGAUGGUUGAUGGGAUGUAUCUCAAGCUGCAAAGCCUGGGAAGGUCGUGUAGAUAAUUCCGCCGCCCAAGCCUGCUGUGCAGUCGCGCUCUUGCAACAU